ACAACAUCGCUUCCCCAUGCUCUUCACAUUACUAUCUGCUUUUGUGGCAGAAGUUUCAUUACUUUACCAAGUCUGCUAGCCUACGCUUAAACUCAAACUCGCGCUUUACGUAAAUAAACCAAACAAUUAUAGAAAAUACAUCGCGGAGACGUCUGUAAUUGGACUAUCUGAGGAUUCAUCAGUGGUGGGAUGAGAAACAAAAGCGAGUGUCUCUGGUGUCAUAAUGUCACGGUGAUUUCUUUACGUACUUUUAUUGUUUUUCUGCUAAAUUGACGAUACGCAUUGAAGCUUCAAAAUGUCGCGGAGCGGCGGCGGCGACAAAGAUGGCAAACCCGAACUCGACGAAAUUCGGAUCGACUCCGGAAUCGAGUCUGUACCUAGAGAGCAGUUUGCCAGUCUGCCCAACUCUGAGGAGAAGGAUAAACACAGUACAGAUGAGCGACUGGACUCUGCUUACGGCUCUUCAUCUCUAACAGUGGAGAGUUUGGGGGAUUUUAUCGAAGAAUUCAGAAUUUCUGAAUGUAAAAACGCGACGGACUGUGAAUACACUGAAGAGGAAGUGAAUUUCUUAACCACUGUCACUGACGAUGGAGACACGAUUCUCCACUUGGCCAUCAUUCACGAAGAGCUGAAAUUUGCACAGCAUUUGGUAGAUCUGUUCCCUCCAGAGCUGAUGGAUAUCCAGAACAACUUAUAUCAGACACCAUUGCAUUUGGCCACUUACCUAAACCUGCCGACCGCAGUGAAGAGCCUGGUCGAGAAGGGUGUGUCGCUGGAGCUCCAGGACCAGGAAGGAAACACUCCUCUGCAUGCGGCGUGUGAGCAUGGGUUCUGGGAGUGUGCCAAUGAGAUGGUGCAAAACACCUCGCCCAGCAAACUUGCCAAUGUGCUUGAAGCGCAGAACUGGAGAGGUAUGACGUGUCUCCAUGUGGCCACACUACACAAGCGGCACCGUCUCAUGCGGCUGCUGAUGAAGAACGGUGUGCAUCUGAACAUAAAGGAAGGUACGAGCGGGAAGACGGCGUUACAUAUUGCCGUAGAGCAGCAUGAUGGGGCUGCCGUUAAUCUGCUUCUGAAUAAAGGAGCGAAUGUGGACGCCAGCAUGUUCAACGGCUGCACCGCGCUGCAUUUGGCCGUGGGCCGUCAGGACGCCUCCAUCGCCCACCUUCUGUGUCAGGCCGGAGCUGACAAGAUGAUCAAAAACAUGGAGGACGAGACCGCUCUGGAUCUAGCGGAUGGCAAUGAUGAUAUUUUGGCCUUGUUCCCCUUCGAUGACAUUCAGUUCAUGGGCAGGACUGUGAUCAAUUACUCGAUGUAAACUCUGAACUGGAGUUAAAGGACUUUGGCUUUCCUUCAUGCUGUACAGCUUUUUGAAUACUACUUGUUUGCCUCAAACCUCAAUCGGAAAUUAUUUAUGCUGCUGCAUCUCACGGAAGAACGUCAUUGGGUGAUUUAUGUUGCGCAACCAUCAUGUCAGACAACACAAAUGCAUUUUAUUUUCAUCUCUCGGUAGCAGUAAUAAUGUUUUGUAGCAAUGCUGUGAGGUUGUGAUCAAUUUGAGCAAAUGUGACACUGCUUUGCAAACCUAUUUUUUUAAACAGGUCGUAGUACCAAUAAAUGUCAUUUUUAAGUGCA